UACGUGGAAUGUUAUCUGAACCAAUCAAGCAUAACUCUGAGAGCCUGUCGGUGCAUGGUUCAAGUCUGUGGCGCGAGGGGACGUAGACUGUGAACACCUGAAUACCGUCUUAAGAAAAGAAGGAUCUCGAAGCAUGGAGCAGCAGAUUGAACAGCUCUUGACGUGUCCAGUGUGUUUGGAUCGUUACAAGAGGCCCAAGAUUCUCCCCUGUCAGCACACCUUCUGUCAGGACCCCUGCUUACAGCAGCUAGCCGAUCCCGUCCGACGGAAGGUCAAGUGUCCGGAAUGCCGUGCCAUGCACAACAUACCCCCCAAGGGGAUCUCCGGCUUCCCCAACAACAUCACAAUUCUCAAGUUCCUAGACCUGCCGGCGGAGGCUCAGUUUAGCUCGCGCACAGAGAGCUGUCAGGUGUGCAGAAGAUCGACGGCCAUUUCAAAAUGUUUUCACUGUCCGAAGAGAUUGUGCGAUGCCUGCAAGAAGGCACACGCCGGCCAACUGAAGCUGGACAUAGGACAACAGAUAAGCCUGAUUUGGAGAGAGUUACCAAAGUUGACAGAGGCGGUAAAUAUUGUGGAGAAGACGGCAACUCAUAUCAAACAGAGCGGAGAGAUGGUGAAGAUGGACAUCAAAAGUUCUAUAGAUCAGAACAUACGGAAGCUCCGAGAGCGAGAGCAGAUACUGUUGAACGAGGUGGACUUGUUUCUGCAGUCGGAGUUACGCUUGUUGAAAGUGAAACAGGAGAACCUUGAAGUGGAGCUGGCCAGCAUUGCGAGCCAUUGUGACUCGGCUGAAUCAAAAAUAACCGAAAGCAGUCCAAGUGCUGUAAAUGAUGUCACCGAUGCAGAACUGCUCAACUUCCACAAGCAGGGUAAGGAGUAUCUCAUACAGUUACAGAACACGACCAUCGAUACGGCCGUGGAUGACUGCAAAACAGUCAAGUUCACCCUUCAGAACAGUCAAACCUUACAUUCCAACAUUGCUACAUUAGGAGAGUUAUCAUCAUCAGCCUUCGUCAUCAAUACUGUCAACCCAAACAGUUCGUCAAAUGCUCCUGUGAGGAAUCCCAGAGCGUCGCUCUCAAAUGAAGCGUUUCGAGGUCAUCCCGCGGUGGAGAUGUUUCGUACCUCCUCUCAGCUCCACGCGACCCCUCCCGUUCUGAGACAUUCUCCAAGAACUGUCAGUGUCUCGCCCCAAGUGCCUUCUCCACAGCCUGCCAAUAGUACACCCUCCCCUGCCCAGUCGAACAGUGUAGCAGGUAGAGUGUCUCACAUCUCCACAACGAGUAGAAGUGAACAGAACAGAGCUAGAGCUAACAACAACAACGGCUCGCUUGAAUUCACCAGUUAUGAUGUCCCGUUGAACGACAUUGUCUCGGAUUUCUCUCGUGUUCAGCGCAGAAGCCCGACGUCGGCGUUCUACCGCACAAAAGGGUUGAUCCAGACAAAGUUUGGGUCCAAGGGUAGCGACCUGGGGCACUUCACAUGGCCCCGGGGGGUGGCGGUGUCUCCUGAAAAUUACAUCAUUGUGGCAGACAGCAGCAACCAUAGAGUUCAGGUCUUCACCCCCAAUGGACAGCUGGUUCGAGUGUUCGGUUCUUAUGGGACAGGAGAGGGAGAGUUUGACUGUCUAGCUGGUGUCACCGUCAACUCACAGGGUUGGAUUGUGACAGCAGACAGAUACAACCAUCGUGUCCAGAUAUUCGACAGUAACGGGAGAUUCAUUCGUCAAUUCGGCCAGGAAGGCAGCCGCGAUGGACAGCUAAGUUACCCAUGGGGGGUCGCUACGGACAGAAUGGGGUUCAUCUACGUCUGCGACAAAGACAACCACAGAGUACAGGUCUUCCGAUUGGACGGUGCAUUCGUACGAAAGUUUGGUCGCCUCGGGAACGGUAACGGUCAGUUUGAAAACCCGCACUACAUCGCUGUGGCGAGGGAUAACAAAGUCAUCGUCAGUGACAGCAGCAACCACAGGAUACAGGUCUUCGACAAGUAUGGACGAUUUGUGCUAAAGUUUGGGAGUGAGGGAAGUGGGAAUGGUCAGUUUAAGUACCCACGUGGGGUAGCUGUGGACCAGGAAGGCCAUAUCAUUGUGGGAGACAGUGGAAACAACCGGUUACAGGUCUUCAGGCAAGAUGGGAGCUUUCUGUGUGCGUUUGGGACAUGGGGUAGUGGGGACGGGGAAGUCAAAGGACUAGAGGGCGUUGCACUCAUGUCCAGGGGUAAUGUUGUAGUCAGUGAUAGGGAAAAUCACAGAAUUCAGGUAUUUUAGGAAAUUGACUUCAAUUAUUUCACUGUGAUUAAUUGCUUUAUUGUCAAUGGUAUCAGUCAAUAUCUUGGAUACCUUCCUUGUAAUAUUCACAUAUCGUCAUUAUGUAAAUGUUUUUUUGUUGUUUUGUUUGUGUUGCAUACCUGGUAAACAGCCUGAUUGCAUAACACUAGGUUUGUACUGAAGAGUACAAGCUGCAUAUCUGGAGAGAUGUAUUUGAUCUACUCACAUCUGGAUGGACCCCAAGUCUUUUCAAGAAGUGUGGUGUAUUUUUUAUCAUGCACAAGGUGUGUAGCCUGGGUACCAUCUGGAAAGUAGUUCCCUCCGUUACACUAUGUUAUACACUAUAUACAGAUGCUUCACGCUCUGACAUUUGUCAUACACUAUAUAUAUAUACACAGUUGCUUCUCUGCUGUUCCGUCUUGGAUCCUUGACCAAGUUAACGUCUGGAAUUGUCCAAAUUUUGGAUAAGGGCACUG